GUGUGCUUUCUCGGGUGUUUUCUUUUCUUCUGGAAAUAAGUCGCUUGUGUGUUGAAUCGCUCUCGGAUGCUCGUUCCUUACAUCCAUCACGAACGGGGGUGACAAACGAGACCAGCGGCUGACGGCGGCUUUUGUUUUAGUCGCGCCAUUGAUGCAGCUUCGCGUCGAGGCCUCGCGUCUUCGUUUUCCGCGAGUGAUCACGUUGUGCCCGAUUAGACCGGAAGGAAUGUCAAAGUGAGGACAGCCGCACGGAUCAUCGUAGCAUGGCAUUGCCUUGUACGCGCGAAUUGCAAGUUUAUGAAGGACUCCUGAUCGAGCAGCGUCUGGGCAUGAUGCAGGACCCCGAGAACAGCACUCAGCUCGAUAGCGCGUCGCAGAGGAUGUUUCCCAUAUUUGACCCGACGGCAACGGCACUGUCGACACAGCUACCGAUCACCCACGAGCAGCUGAUCGCUAAUCAGGCGAGAAUGAGGAUAGCCCUGAUGGCCGCGAGACUUCCUGUAUCGUUACACGCCACCCUCGCCGCCACGUCCCCCCCGAUUUACGCGCAGGAUUUCUUCAGCAAUUGGAUGCCGCGUCUCGCGUCCUCGCCGCCCUCGCCCCUACACGCAGUGCCAGAGGUGUCGCCGCCGGCCCCGAACACAAAGCCCGCUUCCCGGCGCAACAACAACAACAACAACAGCCAUAACAAUAACAACAAUAACGACAACAGCGACAACAACAAUAUGACGGGCAACGACGACGACAGGAUCGUCAGGAGGGGUCGCGCCGCGAAGAGAAAAGCCGUGAAGGCGGAGGUCGCGGCGGACCGCAUCAGUCCCGUCAGCCCCCCCGAGACGGCGAAGGACGGUAAAGAUAAAGUCUUCACUUGCGGAGUGUGCCAGAGAUCCUUCGGAUACAAGCACGUGCUGCAAAAUCACGAACGCACGCAUACCGGCGAGAAACCUUUCCAAUGCCGAGAAUGUCAGAAAAGAUUUACCCGGGACCAUCAUUUGAAGACCCACAUGCGACUGCACACGGGCGAAAAACCGUACAAAUGCAAAUACUGCGAACGUAAGUUCGUCCAGGUGGCGAAUCUCCGUCGUCAUCUACGCGUGCACACCGGCGAGCGUCCGUACGCCUGCGAAGUGUGCUCGUCCAGGUUCAGCGACUCGAAUCAGCUGAAGGCGCACAUGCUGAUACACAACGACGAGAAGCCGUUCAGGUGCUCGACCUGCCAAAUGCGUUUCCGUAGGCGGCACCAUUUGCAGCAGCACAAGUGCGGUAACGGCGCGGCGCAGAUGGAAUCACCGCCGACGGAGGCCGAGUCGCCCCCGUCGUUGAACAGCGACGAGGUCGACUCGGAGGAGUACGUCGACGUCGACGCCGACGGGGAGCAGGCGCCGGGGGAGGAGCCGGAGGGAGGGAUCGCGAGGAAAUACAUCGCGGAAAUGCAUCAGCCGAUCAGCAGACUGGCGACUCACCACCUUCGAAUCAAUCCCGAGCUGAACGGGCCCGUCUACCCGGCGGCCACGAUGACGCUGAAUCCCUCCCCGGUCGCCGUGUUGCCGGUGCAAACGGAACCCGAGGAUCUGUCGAUGAACAAGUCGUCCUCGCGCAGAUCGCACUCCGGCGGCAGCAACAACUCGUCGCUGAACGCCGACGUGAGCAACGAGACAAAUCCGGAGGAGGACGACGACGAGGAAGACGAGGCCACCAUGUUCCUGAGGCGCUCGCGCGCCCAUCGUCGACGGGCGGCCACCGACAGCGAUCACGCAUCCUAG